AUGUUUUGGUUACUUACGACUUUCAUGUUUUUUUCGGGUACCUCUUAUGUGUGUUCGACGGCCAUAACUCCAGAGGUAGUGCAAGCAAUGAAAACAAUAAUAGAUCCUGUUAUGAAGGAGUGCCAACAAGAGCUUGGCCUGACCGAGGAAAAACUUCAAGAUCUAAAGGAUAAAGGUGAAGUUGAAGAUAAAGUUUUCUGUCUGUCUGGUUGUGUGUUCAAAAAACUUGGAAUCUUCGAUAAGAAUGUAAUGGUUGAUGUUGAAAAGGCGUCAGAAUUCCAUAAAGCUUAUAUCAAAGAUGAAGCCGCUCUUGCAGAAAUGGAAAAAGUUACAAAAGAGUGCUCUAAAGUAAAUGAGGAAAGUGUUAGCGAUGGAGAUAAAGGGUGUGACAGAGCCAAGCUGUUUAUAAAGUGUGUUAAAGAACACAAACAAACGACCGUAGUUUGA